AUGCUUACUAGUGCGUCGGAUUAAGCACCCUUUUAAGUAUCUUGUGCGCAGAAUUCGCAGCAGACUCAUUCAUAGAGGUGAAAGAAAGACAAGCCCUAAUUUUGUCACAGAGAGAAAACUUCAAAUUCGAAAGCUUCAAAUUCAAUCAAGGAAAUUCUAGUUGUUAAUUUCGUUGCGGAACGACGAUUGAAGAUGAUCGUGAGUCCAAAGAUGGUAGCGGAAGCGGAAAUUAUCUGUCAGCAGUCCAUUCCGAUGUUGGACGUCAAGUAUCAUAUUUGCGUUGCGCAAGAACACAACGUUGAGGUCGUGGUUUCGCCCAAAUCGCCUUCACCUUCUGUUCCGAUCUUUGGCCAAGCAGUGAAUCACUCGGAUUUCAUUAAGCAUUCCAUUUCGGAGACCCCUGCGGCGAGUUUUGUUCCAAAUGCCCGUUCUGGUAGCUAUACUGAGAUUGGGCCGCGGGUUUCUAUGGAUGAUGAACACAUCUGUAUUGACGAUCUAGGUGCUCAUCUUGGAUUUGUGUUCAAGUACCCGAUACGGAGUGCUUUUUAUGCAGUUUUUGAUGGUCAUGGAGGACCUGAAGCAGCUGCUUUUGUUAAGAGGAAUGCUAUGAAAUUGUUUUUUGAAGAUGCGGACAUGCUGCAGACAUAUGAUGAUACUGAUUCGUUCUUUCUAGAGAAAUUAGAGGAUUCCCAUAGGAGAGCUUUUCUACGGGCAGAUAUUGCCUUGGCUGAUGAACAAACUGUUAGUAGUUCGUGUGGAACGACUGCAUUGACUGCCCUUGUACUUGGAAGGCACUUGCUUGUUGCUAAUGCUGGUGACUGCCGAGCAGUUCUUUGCCGAAGGGGUGUGGCUGUUGAGAUGUCUAACGAUCACAGGCCAAGUUUUCUGCCAGAACGGCUGAGGGUGGAGGAGGUAGGUGGAUUCAUUGAUGAUGGAUACCUCAAUGGUUAUCUUUCAGUAACCCGUGCCCUUGGAGAUUGGGACUUGAAAUUUCCACUCGGUGCUGCAUCUCCUCUUAUUGCUGAGCCAGAUGUACGACUGGCUAAAUUGACCGAGGAGGAUGAGUUCUUGAUCAUUGGGUGUGAUGGGAUUUGGGAUGUAAUGUCUAGCCAAGUUGCAGUUAGUCUUGUUCGCCGAGGAUUAAGAAGGCAUAAUGACCCACAGCAGUGUGCUAUGGAACUAGUCAAGGAAGCAUUGCGCCUGCAUACAUCGGAUAAUCUCACUGUGAUUGUUGUAUGUUUAUCGCCCAUUGAAAGCAUUGUUGAAUCAUGUCCUCCCCAGAGGCGAAGAUUCAAAGCCUGCAACCUGACCGAAGAGGCCCGUAAUAGGUUGAAGAGCCUUAUUGAGCGAAAUUGACUGUACAUGCAAUUUUUGUGAUAAUUCACAAAUGUUCCUUUAUAAAAGAAAAAAAAAAAAUAUUCUGUUUUUUAGGCUGUUUCAGAGAGCUAAAAAGCAGCCAGAAGUUUUGUAGGGAUAGAAGGGAUAUUUAGUGAGGGUUAGAGGCGGGUUCAGACCUAUUUAAUUGGGUGGCAUAGAGACAAUUGUAGCUAAUUUUGGCGGAUUAGAUUCAGUGGCCUCCAUGGUGGUUUCCAUUUUAUCACUGUUUCUGCUUGUGUAAAUAGAAAUGAUUUUAGGCUUUCUCACUAGUUCUCUGAAGGUGCAUGCAGCCAAAAUUGGAUACUCAUUUAAAAUUUUACUUGAUAUU